ACAAAAACAGUCGGUAGAUGGCACCUACAGUUUUAAAAACAAGUGAUGUGGCCUAAGCUGAAGCAAAUUGUCAAAGUAUGACAAAAUGUGUAGUUUUAAGUUAAUAUGUUUUAUUGUAUUUUUAUUUAAUAUUUAUAAUACACAUUGUUUAAUAUCAGACAAGAGAUUAUGUAUUAAUGAAGACUGUUCAGAACCAAUUUCUUUGGCAAAAACACUCUUAGCGUAUAACAGGGCAGAGCAGUAUAUGUUAUCGUUUAGGCCCAACACAAACAUUAAAGUAUUCAGUAAAGAAGCUGGUUCCAGAACUGAUUUGUGGGGUGUUGAAAUCAAUGGGGAAAGAGGCUAUAUCCCCAAAAGCUUAGUACGGGAAUAUAAGAUAUUGGGAAAGCCAACUGUAGUUGUAGAAACUGAAAUCUCUCAAAAGCCAUCUGUGCCUCAAGACACGCUUAAAGAGGAAGUAAAUCCAGAUAAAGUAAAGGAACCUUUUGAAGUAGUUGAUGGUACCACGAUAUUGUUAGAUCCUGCUGGUAUCAGCCCUAGCAGCACUGAAAAUCCAAUUUUAUCUACAGUUAGCAGUACUAUAAGUAGCCAAGAAACUUCUAGUUCAGAAAAUCCUGCCACAGAAGAAAAAAAAUCAGAUGCUAAAGAAGAUGGAAAGACAGAACAAUUACCUCAGCCAAUUGAAGAAACAGAAGUAAAAAAUGAAGAUUCAGUCGUAGGUGGAGUCUUCUCUUCAAUUAAAAAUUGGAUAAAUGAUGAUGAAUCACCAGAAGAUGAUGAAGAUGACGAUGAGGAUGAUGAAGAUAGUGAUGAUGAGGAGGAUACAGAUGAGGAGGAUGACGAAGAUGUAUAUGUAGAAUCUAAAGAAAAGUUGGCUGGAUCAGAUUCUGAAAAAGACAGUGAUGUUAAAGAAAUCCCCAAAGAAAAUGUUGUUGAAGCUAAAGAAAAUUCUGCUGAAGCUACAAAUAAGCCUGAAAUAAAACCAAAUGAAGUAAAAGAAAGUGAAGAAGAAAAACCUACAGAAUUAAACAAAAACGAAAUAAGUGAAAAUGAAUCUAGUAAAGAGCAAGUUACUCAAAGUGGAUCAAAGGAAACCGAAAUAACUGAAAAUGAAUCUAAUGAGGAUCAAGUUAAUCAAAGUGAGGGAGAUAAUAAAUUAAAUGAUCCGAAACAAAAAGAGGAGGAUUCUGGAGAAAGUAAAUCAGGAGUUGAACCAUUGCAAACAGCAAAUGAUGUGAAUAAACAAAAAGAAGAGGGAAGUUUUGAAGUAAAUAAAAGUGACGAAGAUGUUAAAAGCACUGGCUCUGAAGAAGUAGAUGAUGUUGGUAAAACAGAACACAGUGGUCCAACUGAGGCAGAUGCUACUGAAACUAAUAAUAGAGUGAACACUGAAGAUAGCAUUAAACAUAGGGAAGAUACUGUUGAUAAACAAGAAUCAGGUUCAAUAGAGAAUAUUAAAUCGAAGGAAAAUGUAAUUGAUGUUAAAUAUGUUCCUCAAGAAGUAAAAGUUGAGGAAAAAUCCACCGAAACUGUAACUGAUUUACCUAUUGAAGCUACCACUCUGCCCAAUGUGGACCAAAUCGAACCUCUUCCUUUUGUGCCUACUGAAACAGUAACACCAGAUCCCACUGAACAAAUCCAGGAAUUGAAACCUCAAGGGUCUCAAGGAAUUUAUUCUCCAAUUGUAGCGUCUUUAUAUGAUAAAAAACCUGAUAAUAUAGUUGUUGAGAAGCCAGAAGUUGUGGAGACUGAUUCCAUGGAUAAUAAUUCAUCUGCUGAAAUUAACGAAGUAAAACCAGAGGUUUCGGAAAAUAAUAAUUUCACUAUUGACCAAUCAUCUGCUGAUGUUGAUCAGUUGCCGUCGAUUCCCGAGUCAAAGUAUGGUGCAUAUAGUAAUCUUGAGAAGUCGAAAUCAGAGAACGUAGAUCAGUCAGGAAGUAGUGCAGAACAACUUCUCGAGAAACCUGUUAUUGGUUUUUGGCCUUCUGAAGCCAGCACACCGAAAAUCGAAGUUCCUCCACCAGAAGAUACACCACUGAACGGUAUACCGCCACCUGAAACCCAUUCCUCAAACCAUUGGCAUAGCAACGAGAAUCCAAACAAAGACAUUGCUGCAGACAUAAACAAUGUAGACACACAUGUAAUUCGCAAUAAUGAAGAUAACCAAAUUCCUGAUGCCCCUUCAGAUGCGGAAAUAAAUGCAUUAAGAAAUAACGAUGGCGUAAGACCGAAUAAUCUACUAGGGGAAAACUUAGACGAGGGUGUUUUAAUCGAAGAAACAAUAUUAGUGGAAAGUGGUGGAUUUUUGUCAGGAUUAUUUUCCUUUUUUGGCGGUGAUAAAGAAAAACACGAGACUGUAGAAACUCAUUCAACCCCAGUGAGCAAUGCAGAUAGUUUAAUACGUGAGAGCACUCAUCAUUCUUCUAAUCUUAAGGAAAACAGUGGCUAUUGCCUCAGUCGUGAAGAAAAUUGUGAUACUCUAGAAAUUAACAGUAUGUUAGAAAAAUUGGUCUUCCUUAUGAGCUCCGAUAUUCUUAUCUACUUGGGAACAACUGCUAUAUCUUGUAUAAUAUUUUUAUUCGCUUAUCUAUUGAUAGACAAAAGCAGUAGAGAGGCACCGCUAGUGCGAAAAAUUAAUAAAUUAGAGAAAGAACUGCUGGUGAUUAUGAAAGAGAACGAUAUCUUACAAGAAAGUGCUCCAACAGGAACUCAGGUUCCUUCCGAGGAAGUUGAUCUGUUGAAACAAAAGUUGGAAGAGCAAGAACUUUUAAGGCAAACUCUUGAGAUGCAAGUGUUGAGUCUUCAGAAGGAAACUGAAAAUAAACAUGAGCUUGAAGACCAGAUCGAGAGCUUGGAGAAGGAAUUGGAAUCAUCUACGGAGGUGGGCAUGGAAUUGAACAGGAUUAUUUCGGAAAUGUUGGAUUCAAAUAAUGGAGGUGAGAAGUUGAAAGAAAAUGUCGAGCAGUUACAUAGGCAACUAUUAGAGCAGAAAUCGAUCAUAAACGAUAUUUCCAAAUCGCUGAACGACAAAGAAGAAGAAAGCGCUGGGUUGCAAGCGCAGUUGGACGAGAGCAAAAAACAUUCUACUAACUUGCAACAGAAACUAGAUGAAAUCGUAGAACAGAUUUUGAGGAUCGAAAAAGAAAGAGGCCAGCAAGAAAAAUCUCUUCAGGAAGAGAUUUCGAUUUAUCGACAAAAAUGUAGUGAAGAAAUGAUGAAGAAGGAGAUGCUCAGUAACGAAAUCAAGAUCUUGCAAACUCAACUCGCAGACGCUCAGCGCAAAGCAGAUCUCAAAAUAAAAGAAUACCAAUCUCUGAAAGAUAGUCUGAACGAUAUAAAAUCCAUCAAAAAUGACAACAUAGCCCUUCAGUCCCUCUUAAACGUCACGUCGAUAAAGGCCGAGCUCGAGCAGCUAAAAUCAGAAAACGAAAGAUACUCCUUGAUGAUAAAACAAGAGGAAGAAGCCAAGAUACUGUUUGAAAAGAAAUGCCAAGCUGUGAUAGACGAAAACAAUGCAUUAUUGAAGAAAUACCAGGAGUCUGAUAAGGAAAAAGUGGAAGCUACUAUGAAAUUGGAAGUUUUGAAUAAUUAUUUUAAGAAGAGAGAGGAAGAACUGCAAAGCGAACUUUUGAAAUACAAGACAAUUUGGGAUGCUAAAGAAGGUGAGGCCACAUCUACUACCGAACGAAUGAAAUUGAUGGCAGAAGAAACUGAAAAUUAUAAAUCGCAGAACGAAACGCUCAAGCAAGAAAUUGUUGCGCAAGAAAUCGAAUUGAAGAGUAAAAUCUCGAUGUUGGAAAAGAAAGUUCACGACAAUUGGGUGACGUCCAGACAGAUGGAAAGGAAGUUGGAGGACAGCAGACAGGAAACAGCUCUUUUAAGGAAUCGCCUGACGUUAAGGGAGAGGGCUAUGCUCGACGAAAGGACACAAAACAGGUUGCAGUCUCCCGUUGAUCAAAACGGCGAUCUCACUCUCUCACCUCCACCCAUCGAAUCUCCUGCUUCACCGGCGAUGUUAUUCGGUGGACGAGAUCACAUAACAAAGUCACCUCCUAUACCCGGUCUUCCUCCUUUCCUUCCCCCUCCUCCUGGGGCACCGUUCAUGCCGCCACCUUUGCCUGGUAUGCCUUUCAUGCCGCCACCACCCUCCAUGUUUCCUGGAGAUCACAGACCACCGCCCCUUGGAAGAAUGUCGUCUCCGCCACCGCUUAAUUCAAGAUACUCUCCUGACACCUCUGCAUUUUCACCAUACGAUAGACAUACUCCUAGUCCACCAUACGAUUCAGAAUAUGGAGCAUCACCUCCACCGAUGCGAGGUUACAGUCCUUACAGUAGAGAUGAUAGGAGAGACUAUAAAAGACCAAUGCACAUUUCAAAUGGUAGAAAUAAUAAAGGUUCACUAAUGAGUUCUGGGUCUGAUCAUUCAAACGAUUCCUUAGAUAAAGUAAAUAGAAAAUCGUCAAAGAUGGUCUAGCAGUUCAGCUGUUGUUUCUAUAGGAAUUAAAAAAUUGCUCCUUUAAGCCAAAGCUUAAAAUUACAUUUAUACACCUUUUAAAUGUUACUUCUUUGUGUAUGAGAUAUAUCUAUUUUUUUAUUGUAUUGUUUUUUCCGUGUUAAGUACAAAAAUGCGGUUACAAUGGUAGUCUGAUUGCCAUCGACAGGAUAACUAGAAUUUUUUAAAUAAAGAAAGAGUAGUAUUUAUUGUUGAAAACGAUGCAGAGAAAACACAGCGAUAUCAGUAAACUAUUGUCCUUUUCAUGAUCAUUUUUCAGUGCGUAACAAAUGAUAGGAAAAAGGGUAAGUCAGUGAUAAUACACAUUUAUGACAUUUAUUCUAACAUGACAUUUUAGUUAAAUCUGACAUUUGUCACAUUUUAUUUUCAAUUUGGAAUAAAAACAAAUCAAAUGUGUUUCUUGCAUUUAUAAAAUGGUAUGUUCUUAUAAAUUAUGUAUAGUCUUAUAAAUUAUGUAUAGUCUUAUAAAUUAUACAGAUUAUAUUUGUAAUAUUAUUAUCUAAUUAAAAAAAAAUAUUUUUUUGUUAUGGCGCCAUCUAUCGACAACUAGAAUAACUAGAAUAAAUUUUAUAAAAAUGUCACCGACGAAAUGUAAUCACCGACGUGCCUUUUUUUCUGUCACUUACAAUUGAAUGCGUUAGAAAGUAAUCGAAAAACUGUGACGCACUGAAAGAUGAUCAUGAGAAAUACUGUAUAUUUUAAUUUUUACAAAACCGAUACAUAUAUUUUUUUCUUGAAAAUGUAUACAUACGUGUUGUCAAUCAGUUAGUAAUAUUUUCGUCUUGAGUUUUUUGUGCCCUUCAUUUCUUCGGCGAUUUUAAAGAAUCGGUUCCCUAAUUUUUAAAGAAUAUGGUUAUAUAUAUUUUUGAUUUUAAUAGCCAUCCCCCCCCCCCAGUUUGUUGGUUGAAUUAUUUGAUCAUUUCGUUCAUUUUAUAGCAUUAAUUCAAGCGUUUUUUGACAUUUGAAAAUGUACAAUGCAUUUUUCAUAGUUAAAGAUUCAUUCAACCUUGAAUAUAUUGUAGUUUGUGACAUGCCAAAAGAUAAGUCUAUCUCAUAAUGAAUCAAAUGCAUUUUAUAAUAUGUAUUUUGGCUACUUUUGAAUAAAGUUUUCAAAAUUUUCCACAGUAUUUUCGACCUUCACAAAAUUGCUGGCCUAAAAACUAAUUUUAAACAGUUUCUGAUAAUUUUUUACCACUAAUAAUUUCUACUUUCUUCGUGCAAUUUUUCUUUUUUUAGAAUAUUAUAUUUCAAAUAGUAAUGACAUACUUCCCCAGCGCCCUCUAUAUAUAUAAUUCUGCUAACAAAUUUGAAAAAGUGUCAUAUGUCAAAUUCUUGGUACACAGUACCGGCACAUCUCCAUCUACUGAGGCCGAAAUAAUAAAUUGUUGGUUCAUAUUAGUUUUAAUUGUUAAAAAUUCUUUUUUUUUUAGUUCUCACGCUUAUUUUGUUCAUUUCGCAGCUAAAUAUUCAAGCAAAAUUAAAUGUAUUAUAGUCUGCGACAUGCCUGUAUUUCACGUUAAGUCAAAUGCCUUUUGAGAUAUGUGUUUAUUUUCAGAUGUUCAAUAAAGCCUAUAAAUUUAGUAAAAUUGAUAUUUUGAUCGGCACCAACAAGUUUCAUAGAGUUUGUGAGGUUUUGUUAUAAAAAGCUGAAUUAAGCCAUUUGUACCUUUAUUAAAAUCACAACACAUGAUUCUACGGAAAGUCUUUGUUUUUUUUUACAGUUUUUCAUGUUAGAAUGUGAAAUAAUGUCGUAUGUCAAACUUUAGAUGCACAGUAAUGACACAUUUCCACGUGUCCAUCUAGUGGGCGUUCGUAAAAUCUUUAAAGGUGCCGUUUCGGUAUACAAACACAGGAAGUUUUUAUUGAAGGAAUAGUUUCUCAAAUAUUUAAUACAUAGUAUUUUUAGUAUACACAACUUUGGUAAAUCCAAUAAAUAAAUAGUAUUUUUCAUUACACCAUGUUCUAUUUUCAAACAUCCAAUAUAAUUGGGUUACAGUCAAAUAUUUUAACUACUGUAUUAUCUAUCCGAAUUAUUGUACUACAUACUAGUAAUUAAAAUGAAAUGAAUACUGAGUAUUUUUAACGAGUUAUGAGUUUGCUAUACAGUAUUGUUGAAUAUCUGCAUUAGAUUCAGAUUUUUAUAGGAGAGCUAAUUUAUCUUUUUAACAAGUUUAAGAGCCAAAAUUAAAUACAAGCAUUUCUUACUUUAUUGUAAAGCAUGGCGAGUGAGGAUAUUUGGUCUAUCAGGUCUGGUAUAUUUGUUUACUUCGAUUAUGUGUUAUUUGGUAUAUAAACUGUAAAAAUAUGUAAAAAGUGUAAAAAGAAUCGUUAAUAAAAAUAUUGGUAUAUACAA